AUGACAUUCUUAUUUAUUUGGUCUUUGAUAUUACCUGCUGCUGUGGGUACUCUCCACCCUCGAGUGCAGGAUGGCCUGGCGCGGACUCCGCCUAUGGGAUGGAACACCUAUAACACCUAUAAUUGCAAACCAAACGAGACAAUCGUACGGUCCAAUGCCAAGGCCUUGGUCGACCUAGGGCUUGCGUCCGCUGGAUAUCAUUACGUUACGGUGGAUUGCGGCUGGACUGUCUCGGAACGACCUGAGGAUGGCUUCCUUACCUGGAAUGAGACUCUGUUCCCUCGAGGAUUUCCAUCUCUGGGCCAGUAUAUACAUGACCUAGGACUAUUGUUCGGUGCUUACGGAGAUUCGGGCAUCAAGUUGUGCGGCAGUCCGCCCGAUAAUAUUGGGAAUUUGUAUCACGAAGAGGAGGAUGCGAAGACGUACGCUUCUUGGGGAAUUGACGCGCUGAAGUAUGACAAUUGCUUCUCGGACAAGGAAACCGGAUACCCAACCGUAAACUAUUCGCCCGGUACAUCACCUCAUCCUCGAUUUGUGAAGAUGGCAAACGCUCUCGCCCAAACGAAUCGUUCAAUAUUGUUUCAAGUCUGUGAAUGGGGAGUCGACUUUCCUGCACUCUGGGCUCCGUCUAUUGGUCACACUUGGAGAAUCGGCAACGACAUCCUUCCCGCCUGGCGAAGCAUCUUCCGCACGUUGAACCAGGCGGUCCCGCAAACGAGCUUUGCCGGGCCAGGUCAAUGGCCAGAUCUGGACAUGCUGGAAGUGGGUAACGGAGUCUUGACAGUCCCGGAAGAACAGACGCAUUUCUCGCUGUGGGCGAUUCUGAAAAGCCCUCUGACAAUCGGUGCGGCGUUGAAGGAUGAAAAGCGAAGUAUUGACGAUGAGUCUCUAGCUAUUUUGAAGAACACUGAUGUGAUCGGAUAUAACCAGGAUAAGCUAGGGGUCAGCGCUAGCCUUCGUCGGAGAUGGGCAGACGACGGCUAUGAGGUGUGGAGUGGGCCGUUGUCGGGUGGUCGGACCGUGGCAGCGUUGAUCAACUGGAAAGACGAGGCCAGUGAUUUGACCUUGAACCUGCCUGACAUUGGUCUUCAAUCUGCCGGGAUCUUGAAGAAUAUCUGGGAAAGUUCAACUGCUCGCGAUGUUAAAACUUCGUACACUGCUAGAGUCGAGGCCCACGGCACAAUUCUGGUUGAAUUGCAGGACACAGUUGUGUCUGGUCGGUACCCGACAAAGAAGUUUGCAUCCUCAAAUAGAUCAUCUACGACUUUCAAAUCGGUAUAUGCCAACACUACGAGCAGCAAACAUACCCUGACGAUCCAUUUCUCUGAGCCAGUCUCGACUCACUCUAACGUAACCAUUGAAACGAGUGUGAGCAGUCGCAAAAUAUUCAAAGCCGUCACUGCAUCCAGCGAAGAGGUGUCUCUUAACAUUCCUCUUGUUGCCGGGUCAAACAACUCCAUCACCAUUAGGAAUGCCCCAUCAAUCGAUUCCAUCGUGAUUGGCUCACCUCGUGGAACCUACCACCCCAGCACAGAUUUCACUCUCAGCGGAAGCACUCGAAAGGAGCCCUGUGGCUCGGGUUUCUGUGAGCCUGUUGGCUCCCGAAUCAGAUACAUUAGCCCGAACGGUACUGCUCGUGCUGUUGUCCCCGCCACGGCUGGCUCCAAAUACAUCGAGAUCGACUAUACCAACAACGACGUCGCCUUCGAUUCCGCCUGGGACUGGGGUAGGAACACCCGGAAUUUAACCGUGGCCAUCAACGGCGGAAAGCCAGUUCGUGUAGAAACGCCGCUGAGCGGUAAGCACAGUGAGCUUUUCGGGCCAGGCUUAGGAUGGUGGGAUACUGCAACAAUGGGAGUCCUAACAGAUGGAUGGAAGGACGGGGACAAUGAUGUCGUUAUCGGAAACGUUGGGGGAGAACAGGGAGUUGAGUCUUUCGGGGCCGAUUUUGUGGGGUUGACUGUCUUUAGUUGA